AUGUCCAGCCGCCGCCCCUCCGCGAAUCGCCCGCCGCCACCUGUCCUGGCCGCCGCCCCCGCCGCCGCGGCCCGCCGGGCCCAGGCGUGGCCCGCCCAGGCCCGCGCUGCCGCCCGUCCGCCUCGCCGCGCCCCCGCACAUCCGCCGCUCGCCGGCCACCACGGCUCCGCCGCCCGGGUCGCCGGAGCUCCUUUGCCCCGCCGGCGCCCUCCGCCACCGUCGCCCCCGAGGUGCCCGCCCUCCGCCGCCACGGGCUCCGCCCCGCCGCCGCCGGGCUUCGCCGGCCGCCCGCGCCUGUCCCGCCGUCCUCCCGCCGGUCGCCACCGCCGCCUCCUCUCCUCCCCUCCGGCGUCUUCUCCUCCUCCCGUCGCCGGGCGCCCCUUCCCCGACUCCGGCCGCCCGCCAUCGCCGUCCCCGAGCCCGAACUCGAGAGCUUCGGCCUCGAUCCGAUCUGGUAUUCUCGAGUGCGUUGACUUUCUCGUGCCCAAAUAUUUUCCAAGUCUCUGA